GUGGGCUGGGAACUGGAACUGGAUACACUGACUGUAUGGAGAGAAGGUUGGGCGAGUUGAUGGAGAACAAAAACAGACUUUCUUAAGAAGGUAUCUUCAGGCUUAGUGAGUAAUGUUGAUGAUCUUGCAUGGAGGGGGUCAGAGCUGGGACGGAAGAUGACCACAGAGGUGCCUGAAUUUAUUUUCCUCUUGAUCCUUUACUCAGUCAGCAGCAGUGAGGUUUCUCUGAAGGCAGCUCACUUGCUGGAGUGGUGAGCUCCAGAUGACGGGCUUGGAGGAAAGAGGGAUCCAGUUCCAGACCCACUGGGAAAGUGGCAUUAGGAUCUACGAGAAUGCGCAGGCGGCCGUGGAGGAGCUGAGACGGAGAGGAAUGCAGGUGGAGAUUGUCUUCAGGUUUAAGGUCGGAUCGGAGCGUGUAUAGAUCUGCCUAUAGAGAAAUGACCAGACUGGAUUUAACAAGGGCCCCUGAUGUCCCCCCCCCAGAGGGAGGUGGGAACUCAUCGCCUGUCAUGAAGAAUCGUCACUUCCUCCUUGUGAUCGUAUGCCUGCUUUCCAUCAAGGGUCCACUGACCUCUACAUCUGCAGGAACAGGAAUACCUCCUAACGAUCUCAUCCUUUCCACAGAAGAUUACAGUAUAUUUGAGGAUUCAUCCAUCCCCAUUGUCCCUGUCAUAAAGCCUACAAAUGCUGGAACCCUCCAACGGUGCGACUACAACGCCUGCCGUGAGAAGCAGACCCCCUGUGAGGUCCUCUCUGCCUCUUUAGGCUGCCUGUGUCCAGGCUUCACUUUGCACAACGAGCAUCCAGAGCCUCCAAGCCUGAGCUCAGUGUCCUGGAACGGCUCAGCAGUUGUAGUUUGGUGGUGUGCACCAAAUUCUUAUAUCACAUCUUACGUUGUGACAGUAGAAGGGGGAGAGAAGCAGACGUUGAGGGCGGAUCAAAGGAGGGCUGCAUUGAGCCAGAUAGACCACAAAGCAGAGGUCUGUGUGGUUGCUGUAAACGAUGCCGGGUACAGCACUCGAUCCUGUAUGGAAUACCAGCCGAGUAGCAACAGCCUUGCUCUGACAGUAGGCCUCAUCGGGGGGACUCUGGGCUUCCUGCUACUGAUUUUGCUGGCUGUUCUGCUGUGUAGGCGUAGGAGGCAAAAGAAAGAGGAGGCCAGACAUGUAUGAAGAAUGAUGCUGCGAGUCAGCGACCAAACAAACAAACAAGAAACACUGAGAAGUUGGACAUUCAGCAAGAUAAGACUCAUGAAAUGUUUGAUUGUUGCUGAAGUCAAUUAACCACGAGAACAUCUGACUGUUUGUCUCAAGACAGGGUGAAACAGGGUUUAUAGACUACUUAACAUAUGUAGCUGGUCAUAUUCAUCUCCUCACUGCUGGUCCAUUUUGAAGAACACUUUAUUUUUCAAUUGAGGCUGAACAAACCUAUUUGAAUUCAAACUGCAUAAACAUAACACUUAUGAACUAGAGAAACUGGAAAUAAAAAAGUUUUUCAUCAAUAUUUUACUGUACUGAACCCAUUUAACUUAUAUUAAUAUCUUACAAACUUUCGUAAGAUACAACUGUACAUUUCCACUGGGUAAUCUCCAAUAUAUAUGAAAAAUGAAAGGAUUAGAAUUUCUCAGGAUUAGAAUUUCACUUCAACUAAAAAUAAUCCAAUGACAGCUCAAAAAAAGAAAAUUAUCUAACUCAUUUCUAUUCACUAACAACUGAAAAAAGCAAAAAACCUUAACAUCCACAUGAACCAAAAUCUAACAAAGAUGAACAACUGGUUAAAUGGUUGGACCCCAAAGAAUGGGGGAUUUACAGUCUAAUUCUAAUCUCUACUUAAAGAGAGGAAAGAAAAAUAUAAAUGACCAGUUUUGAUCCGUCAAGUUUUAGCACCAGAACCGCCACAAUAGACUGAAAGAAGUGCCUUAGGUAAAAGGUCAAAUCUGUUUGUGUUCAUAGCUUUACUUUAUUGUUGAUUGAGACACAAUAUCUCUUCCGCCAAGCAGUAUUAGCCCAUAUAAGUGUCAAACAUUUUACAAAUAAGAGCAUAGGCAAAAAGGCAGAAAACACAAAAUAAAUAAAACCACAUAAAGAAAUACCCUUACCACUUAUUAAACAAAACUAAAUUAACACACUGAUUGUUUAAGCUGCUUUUACAAAUAACUUACAAUACUAAGUCAGGGCAAUGCAUCCAAAUAUUGUUUGUUCAGGUGAUUCAGUUUGGCCUAUUCUGUACAAAUCAAUGAAAAAAACAGCUUUUAAAGGGUGUUAUAUACACUGGAAUAAUAUUUGAACACACCCAUCCGACCCAACUUUAAAAAUGAGCGUUAACAUAAGUGUUUCUUCUUCAAAGUGAGAAAAAUGUCUAGUUGACCAACUCCAGUUUACAAGUGGGUCUCAUUCCUUUUGCAGCUAAAAUGCAGAGUAUGAUAUACAAAAUCCAGCCUAUUCAAAGAUCUACAAUGCUUCAUGGAAACUAUACCGCCCUGAAAUCUGACACUGACAAGAAGGCGCUGUGGACUAGUCCCCAUCUAGCCAAAAAAAUGAAGAAAAUUUUAAAAUGAAAAUAAAAAUCCAGUUAUGGUUUUGGCUUUUUUUUAGAGGAUUAAUAAUAUGGACAUAAUAUGGAGAUAUGUGAAGUUUCUCAUAAAACAUAACCCUCUCCAUAUGAGCCCCAUUUAAAACGAUAACUGUAAUGUUAGUAGUUAAAGAGGAAUGUGUGAAAACUGUGUAUUUAGUCUUUUAGACAAUAAUGACUUGGCUUAAGAACUUUAAAAAGGUUAAAAUCUGAUUAAAGAGAGACUAUUCCUAUAUGUUGAGAUGGCUGCCCUGUAUAAAUAACUGUAGCAUCUGCAUAGAAGUGAACACCCAGCAUUCAACUACUUACAUGAAGCUGUUGAAGUUAACACAAAACAGAACGGCUCAUAGUUUGUUGUUGAUUAAUUGUUAACUGAAUAAAAUGUUCAAACAGGCUGCCAAGUCUUUAUCCAGUUCUUAUUUACAGGACAACAGUUUGUCUUGUAAAUAAGCCUUUAGACAUGAGACAAAUACAAGUCUGCCACAGAGAAAUAUGGCACAUGAGUGAACGAUCUGAGAUGUAUUUGAAAUGUAAAAUAUAUUUAACUUAAACAGAUUUUGGAAACAGUUUUGGAUGUGAAAAUAUUCUGUAUGAAAGAAACAUUUUCUCUCAAACUCUGUGAGAGUUUUAUUGCAUUUAGAUGUAUUUAAUUUUAGUGUCUGAAUAGAUGGUUGCAUUAGGGUUUGGAAAAUAAGACUGAAAUUUACCUUGUUCUUCUUUUAUAAAUAUUAUUCUAUUUACUGAUUUUUUUCUUGUGAGUGUAAGGAAUUUAAUUCUUUCACCAGUUGCUGUUUAUGGUCAUAGAAAGUCCGUCCAUUAAACUCAAAUGAACUGCU